CUGAAAGGAGUUAAGUUUUACACCUUACACAGUAUGGCAGUCCCAGUCUUUACCCUGCAGCUUAACCAUAAGCUACUACCUGGUAGAGUAACCAUUGGUAAAUAUGAUGGAUCUCACUCCUGCUUGACUGCAGCAACAACAGCUGAUAAGGUUUUAAUCCACAGUCCUCAUCGUAGGCUUGGAACCACCUCCCAAAUGUCUGGUGCAGCUACCUGGAGCCAAGUGAACAAGGAAAUUUCGCUUCUUAGUGUUAACCGAAAUGUUUCCGCUCUCUGCGCUGGACGUCUUCACCCAGAUUUGGAACAGGACAUAUUGGUUGUGGGAACGCCUUCGAGUGUCUUGGCAUACAAUGUGGAAAACAAUAAAGAUUUGUUCUAUAAAGAGGUAGCAGAUGGAGCCAAUAUCAUAGUAGUGGGGCAUCUGAGUGGCUAUGAAAAUCCUUUAGCUUUGGUCGGUGGAAAUUGCUCAAUCCAAGGAUUCGACUAUAAAGGAAAUGACCCAUAUUGGACUGUGUCAGGUGACAAUGUCCGAUCCCUUGCAUUGCUGGACUAUGAUUUGGAUGGAGAAAAUGAGCUGAUAGUUGGUUCUGAUGAUUUUGAUUUAAGGGUGUUUAAAGAAGAUGUUAUGGUUGGAGAAACUUCAGAAACAGAGGUUGCAACAAUUUUGGCACCUUUAAGAGGUAGUAAAAUGGCUUAUGCGCUCGCUAAUGGUACUGUAGGUGUUUACAACAAGCUUCACCGAGUGUGGAGAGUCAAGUCCAAAAACCGAGCUGUUUCGGUUUUAAGUUACGAUAUUGAUGGCGAUGGUGUGGAGGAACUAGUGACAGGCUGGUCAAACGGAAAGGUUGAUGCUAGAAAUAGUCGCACUGGAGAAGUGGUGUUCAAGGACAAUUUUAAUAAUAGUGUCGCAGGCCUGGCAGACGGAGAUUACAGACUUGAAGGACGUUCACAAUUAAUUUGUUGCUCUGUUGAUGGUGAAGUGCGGGGAUAUGACUCAUCCCGACUGGGAUCCUUGAUGGAGGGGAAUGCCCAUCAAGAUGCAGUGAGAGAUCUCUUGCAAAAAAAACAAGCUCUCCUUAUGGAGCUAAGAAAUUAUGAAAGUAACACCCGUUCUUCUAGUGGUGCUGCGCAAACAAAUAUGAAUGCAGGAAUGAUACCAGCCAAAACAAGUUUACAAACAACAGUGUCAAUAAAUAUGGGAAAUAAAUCAAAAGGGCCUCAUGUAGAAUUAUGCUUGACAACCAACAAUGAAACAAUUAUCCGCGCAGUACUAGUUUUUGCUGAAGGUAUAUUUGCGGGAGAAACACAUGUUGUGCAUCCACGAGAUGAAGAACUAACAUCAAGCUUGAAAGUUGCACUUUUCCCUCCUCGUGAUGUUCCCUUAGACAUUCACAUUAAGGCUCUGGUGGGCUUACCUCGAACUGAGCAAUUCCAUGUUUUUGAGCUGACUCGUCAUUUACCCAGAUUUUCAAUGUAUAACCUCAUUUCAGCAUCAGCCCCUCUCCCAGAGGAAUUACCACAGAAUUUUGUUUCUUUCUUUAUUAGUGAAAGAAUACAAAGGGUCGUUUUGUGGAUUAACCAAAAUUUUUUGCUCUCAUCUGAGCUAGAACCAGAGUCGGGUGGUGGCUCAUUAUCACUCUCCUUCUCUGCACUACGAGAUGGAUCUCUCUUGAGUAUAUCAAUGCACCCAGCAGGACGAAUGGCCAUAGCAACAUCUAAUAUGACACUUGCUGGUGAUCUUGUGCAGUCCUUGGCUUCCUUUCUCAAUCUUUCCAACCUUCAGGUUACAGCUGAAUUCCCCGAUGAAUUGGCUCACUUAGGAGAGUGGCUAGAAAAGGUUGCUAAUCUUCAAGAAGUGAGAAUACAGCUUGGGGCUGACCUGGCGCAUCGCGCGGGACUCAUUCGGAACUUGAUUGUUCGGGCAGAAGAUGCUCGUCUUUUGCCUGAUCUAACCAGUAUGCGAGAAUGGCACACACAGUUGCUAGAGGUAAAUGAUGACCUGAUAAAUAGCUACAAUAUUAGGUGCAGCAACCACAAUGAAUUGCUUGAAAUAUUGAAACAAAUAAAUUUGACAAUCCAAAAAGCUGCUCGACUCAGAGUUGGACAGAACAAAGCUGAUGUUGUCAACCUUAGCAGAUCAGCUCUGCAAAGCAAUAAUCUUCAUUCUCUCUUGAAAAUUGUGAGAACUGGUGAAGCUUAACUAUGUCAACAUAAACAUAUCUGAGGGCGUUGGUGGAAAAGAAGAAUGUAAGCAGAAGCUAAAUGUAAACUCGUCACACUAAGUUUAUUUAUAUUUUUUAAAAAUUAAAGCAUUUACUGUUUAGCCAUAAAACUGUAAAGGUGUACAGCCAAGACAACAGCAUGUCCGUGAUCACACUUUGGAUAUUUCCUAUACCUCUGAUACACCUGAAGCUCUAACCAAAAAUGAACAAUAAAAUUGUGAUAACUGA